AAGUGUUUGGUUACUUUGUCAGUUCUUAUAUUCACUCUCAGAUUCGAGAGAGAGAGAGAGAGAGAGAUGACGGUAGCAGCAGGAAUCGGGUACGCUCUGAUAGCGUUAGGACCGUCUCUCUCCCUCUUCAUUUCCGUAAUUUCCAAAAAGCCCUUCUUGAUUCUCACCGUUCUCUCCAGCACGCUUUUGUGGCUAAUAAGUUUGAUUGUGCUGUCUGGAAUAUGGAGGGGUUUUUUGCCCCUGCAUAGUACAGCAUGGUGGCCUUACGGAAUACUUAUACUCUCAUCUGUUGCUUUUCAAGAAGGGCUCAGGCUUUUCUUUUGGAAAAUAUAUAAGAGGUUGGAAGAUAUGUUAGAUGCUUUUGCCGACAGAGUAUCAAAACCACAUCUUUUCUUAACAGAUAAGAUGCUGAUUGCUCUGGCUGGUGGUUUAGGUCAUGGUGCGGCCCAUGCCGUGUUCUUCUGCAUCAGCCUUUUGACUCCUUCAUUUGGUCCUGCUACAUAUUUCAUUGACAGGUGUUCACAGGUUCCAUUUUUCCUUCUUUCUGCAAUUAUUGCUCUUGCAUUUGUCACAAUCCACACUUUCUCAAUGGUCAUUGCAUUUAAUGGGUACGCUGAGGGGAACAAAGUGGACCAAUAUUUUGUUCCCAUUGUUCACGUUGUUGCAGGAAUGGUGACUUUGGUAAAUUUGGCACCUGGGGGUUGCAAUGUUGGCAUUCCUCUCCUUUAUUUCAUUGCAAUUUUGACUUUGAUUCAUUGUGGGAGGAUGGUUUGGAGAAGAUUGACAGAAAACCAUAUCAGGCCGGGCCACUCAUAGUGUUAAUCUUUGUAAAAUGUCUUGUCUGUAUAGUUGCUUCAGUCCUCACCAUUCCAAUUGGAAUACGGAAAGAUACCAGUUGUUAUAUUGCAUGACAAGUGUUUCCUUGACGUCAUGCUUCCAUUUUCUUGCAAUGGGUUACUAUGUGGGGCCUCAAGUCAACUUCAUUUUGUAUUUUCUAGUUUCAUUUUCUUACAUAAAUUGGGCAUAUUACGCCCCACUUGUUGAAAUUUCGUUUUAUGUCGCAUGAUCGUCUUUGAAUUUUAAAAUGAAUAGUCUGAUAUGUUACAUUGUACUCCAUUGAGUGAAGAAUCACACUAGGUGCUAAGAGGAGUAUAAGGGCUCUCAGAUGAACAUCCAUAAGGCUUUGAAGAAUAAUCACAGUAAAAGUCACACUUGAUGCAAAGAUGAGUGGAGUUGUUCUUAGAUAUGAACAUCUAUAUAUAUAAUAAGACCCUGACCCUGUGCUCU